AUGGUGAACAAAGGGCAGAUGUUGUCAGUCUCCUAUUUCCGAAUCCUCCUUUGGGGCCUCCUGGUCAUGCAUAACUUUCUGCCAGCGGGCACAGCAUCCUGCCCCAAAGGCUGGCUGUCCUACUUCAGCAACUGCUAUGGACUUUUUCCAGAACAGAUGACCAGGGAAGAGGCAAAGGAGGAAUGUCAGAGCAUUGGCCAGGGGGGCCAUCUUGCAUCCAUCCUAAGUGACCAAGAGCUGGCCAUGGUGACCAGAUACAUCACCACUCAGUUUAAAGGCGUAGGAAAUGUCUGGAUUGGGCUUAAGGACCGCUGGAGAAUCAGAAGGUGGAAAUGGGAUGAUGGCUCAAAGACCACAGACCUUCACUGGACCUCGGGGGUACCCAGUAUCUUUACAGGGUCAAAGUACUGUGCCUAUAUGAUAGAACUGGAAGAUUACAAGACCUGGAGAGAUGCAGACUGUUCGGAAGAGUAUGCCUUCCUAUGCAAGAUGAAGUCAUAA